AUGCGACAGCAAGGAGAGCAGAUUGGGCAGCUCCACGAGAUGUUGGCCCGACAGGCGGCGGCAGUGGCAUCUGUACCUAGGGAUCCGCCCGCACCUGCUGCUCUUGUGGCCCCUACGCCGGCGGUAGCGGCGGCACCAGUGACGGUUGUUCCUCCAGCAGCAUCGGGUUCAUCGACUCCUACUCCUGAUGUACUUGAGGCCGAGAGGGAGCGGUCGUUGGCGGCAUUGACGACCUUUAAGAAAUUCAACCCUCCGACCUUCAACGGCGAUGUAAAGGAUCUAUGGUUGGUGGAGUCGUGGUUAGCCGCGAUGGAGGCGUUGUUCGAGGAUAUCUACACCUUCGAUAAAGACAAGGUUCACCUAGCGGCCUAUUGUUUUGACGGGAAGGUGCGACUAUGGUGGACUCAAGCCAAGAAGAACCACUCCUUGGAUUCCGCUUCCGUCACUUGGGAGGCGUUCCGGGAGAUGCUACUGUUGGAGUACUUUCCCGAUAGCUACCGGCGGAAGAUCAAGGAGGACUUCCGCAAGCUAAGACAGGGAAACCGAACGGUGCGGGAGUAUGAGCGGGAGUUCACGCACCUUACAAAUUGCGUGCCAAGCUUGGUCCAUGGCGAUAGGGACCGGGCGGAGACCUUCGAGCGCGGUUUGCGGCAGGAGAUAUUCAGGAUUGUGCAUGCGCUCCGGCUGAAGACUUAUGAGGAGGUACUCGAUCGCGCGCUCUGGGUAGAGGGCGACAAUGCCAUUGCGCGAGAGGAACGCGAGGCCUUCGAGCAGGACAAGAAAAGGGAGAAGAACAAGAAGCGGCCGGCUGGAGGGUCGGCGGGUAGCAAUGGCUCGUGGUAG